GGUGGGUGUGUGGAAGUGGAAAUAGGCAGCGGGGAGGAGGAAUGUGAAACAUUUCUGAUGCUGCUCCAGCGGCUGUUUACACGGUAGUCAGUGCGGCGUGACAUCAGAGUGCAGACUUUAUAAAUGUCAGCCAGACCAGAGGUGGACGAGACAGACGGGGCUCGCCAUCAUGGACCGACCGCCGUGUGACCGUGUGGUAGCUUUGGCCCUGCUGCUGCUUGCUGGGGCCUCACAGGUGUUGUGUCAGCUCUGUGAUCGGCCUUGUCUUUGUCCUCGUCCCGUCCCACAAUGUCCCCCGGGAGUCCCCCUGGUACUGGAUGGCUGCCAGUGCUGCCGGGUGUGCGUGAGGCAGGAGGGCGAGCCGUGCAACCAAAAGUUCCCGUGUGACACCCAGAAGGGGCUGAAGUGCGACUACAGUGCCAGCUUCCCCGGAGGCCCUGGGGAGUGUGUCGGUCAGGAGGAUCUGGUCUGCGAAGUCAACGGAAUCAGCUACCAAGAUGGCCAGUCCUUUCAGCCCUCGUGCGAUGUCUACUGCCACUGCAGAGGAGGAGGCGUGAGCUGCGUGUCCGCUUGUCCCUUGAACGUACGUCUCCCCACACCGGACUGUCCCCAUCCACAGCAUAUCCAUCUACCUGGGAAGUGCUGCAAGGAAUGGGUGUGUGAGAACCUGGAGAACUCUAUCCUUCAGGAUGCCAUCACAGCCAUGAAACCAAACGAGCAGUGGCCACCAUCCCUGGUCCCAGCUGCCUCCACCUGUACCGAGCUGAGCACCCAGUGGAGCGCCUGCUCCCAGAGCUGUGGGGCCGGGAUCUCCACACGCGUCUCCAAUCAGAAUCCAGCCUGCAGGCUACAAAUGGAGACUCGUCUUUGUAAAGUGCGGCCCUGCCAUUCACAACUUCCCUUGCCAAGCAGACCCACGGGACAGCAGGGCCAGUGUACGGCCAGCUACACAUCACAGGGGCCCAUUCGACUUGUUCACCAGGGCUGCUAUAGCACACGGGCCUACCAGCUGCGCUACUGCGGACGCUGCACCGACUCCCGCUGCUGUACACCUUACCAAACCUCCACGGCCGAGGUGACCUUCCGCUGCUCCACCGGCAGGCUUCUACAUCGGGCUGUGAUGAUGAUCCACUCAUGUGUCUGCCAUAGCAACUGCCCCUACGCCCCGUUCAGAAACCCUGCUCUUUGGGGAUACAGACCCUGACUCAUCGCCUUGGUAACAACAGGACUUCACUGAACUUUGACAUAACUCACAGGGCUCUAAUUUCACGGCGCAGCCCACGCAGUGGUAAUUUGGUCCAGCGCACCAAUGUGCGCAGCCAAUAUGGUAAUUUGGUAGACUGGACUGUGUCAAGGUGGGCGUGGUGGCGCACCAGGAGGUGUCCACAUAUUCAGCUUGGCAAUAUUCAGUGACAAUUUCGAGACAAAACAGCAUGCCAAAGAUGCGCCGAAAGCUCGCCAGAUCCAACCCGGUUUAUUCUUGGCGCAGGCGAAGCGCACACUGCGCAGUGGUAAAUUGGCUGACAGGCGCACAGUGCAGACACGUCACCAGAAGCUCACAGACAGGUUUUUUUCAGAGUGUCAGGCACAUUUCAAUGCAACCAGCAACCACUAUUUAAUGUAACCGUAUGAACCGGCAUGUAUGUUUUUGUAAUAAUUGUCCCAUCACAUCCGAUGUCGGAUAAAAGACGUCACUCAUAAUGAGAACUCAACCUGAGGACAGGCUCGACACCGGGGUUUGGGUUUUUAUUAGAUUUUCUAAAUAUUGUGUUUUCACACUUGCAAACACAAAUCUUUAAUUUGGUAGAUUUAAACUUGUAUAUUCAAGUCAUGGCUCACUGAAAUUUUGAAAUACUGAUAAUAAUUAUUCAUUUAUCUGUACUGUACAGACUGAGCUUAAAAACUAAAUGAACCCAAAUGGAGCGCAUACAAGCAAGCAAGUACAUGUUGGUAGGUUGGUAGGUCUGCAUUGAAAUGGAAGCAUCUCGUGCCUCCCCCUGACAGUUCCCCGCCCCCCACUAUUUGAGAAGCACUGAUCCAGACAAAUGAAUUCAGUAAAUAGUGAAGACAUUUUGUAUUUUAUUGCUAUGUCAAAAACCUGAAAAUUGAGCUGCUUAGACAACAAAUAUGUUUAUCCUUUGAGGGCAUUUGUAAUAAUUCAAUUCUAAAAAAAAUACUUUGACUGGCAUACUUGUGUAUGUCCCCCAGAAUGACUCUAAGGCAGUUUUGUUUGUAACACUGCUUCAAUGAUGUUGCACUUUUGCUUCUUUUCUGUAAAUAAUAGUUUCUUACUUUCAUGUUUAUGCUGAACAUUAUUGUGACAUUGUUUAAACGGCAUGCAUUUUGCUAAGA